AUGGCCGCAGAAGACUCUAUCGCUCCCAACCGGGAUCAAGAAGUCAUCACCGAUGAGCCCAAGGGCACUAUCCUCACCGCUGAGUCUGCUGUCAAGGCAGUGAAGGCUGGCGACAGAGAUGUCGACAUCGCAGCCCAGAUUAUUGCCGACUAUACAGAGGAGAAUGGCGAUAGAACCUGGACGUCUCAGGAGGAGAAGAAAUUGAUGCGCAAGGUUGAUUGGUGGUUGAUUCCGAUUUUGUUCGUCUGUGCCACUCUUAGUGGUUUGGACAAGACUGCUAUCUCAGCAGCUGCUAUCUACAACAUCAAAUCGGAUUUGCACUUGACUGGCCAGCAAUAUUCAUGGGUUGGAUCGGCACCUUUCUUCGGAGGAUUAGCAUUCAUGGGACCCUCUGCAUACUGUCUUCAAAGAGUUCCCGCUGUCAAGUUCUUCGCUCUCAAUGUCUUCUUCUGGGGAGUUCUCGAAAUGUGUAUGGCAGCAUGCACCAACUUCGCAGGCCUUUUCGUGUGCCGUUUCUUCCUCGGUGGCUGUGAAGCGCUACUCAUCCCGGCUGUGACUUUAGUUGUGUCUAUGUGGUACCGACCCGAAGAACAGCCGGCUCGCAAUAGUAUCAUUCUGAACGUCAUUGCUCCCAUCCUCAAUGGUUUUAUUGCUUGGUUGGUGAGCUACUACCACGGUCCCUUUGAGUCGUGGAAGAUUAUAUUCCUCGUUCUCGGUGCCUUUACAACUCUAUGGGCUUUCGUAGUGUUAUUCUUCCUUCCUGACAACCCCCUUGAGACUCGCUACCUCACUUCUCGCGAGAAGUACAUCAUCAUCCAACGCAAAGCAUCAGACAAUACCGGAGUUGAAUCCAAGACCAUGAAACCUAACCAAAUCUGGGAAGCAGUCUUCGAUCCCAAGACCUGGCUUAUCUGGUUCGCCAUCGUGGCCUUGCAGGUCCCCAACGGUGGCCUCACCACAUUCAAUACAUUGAUCAUCUCUGGUCUCGGUUUCGACUCGCUUCAGACCUCGUUGCUUGCCAUGCCGCCUGGUGCUAUGAGUACUCUUUCCGGUAUUGGGUUGAGUUAUUUGGCUGCGAGGACCAGAAAGUACAGAACCAUUUUGGUUGCUGGCAGUAUUCUCUUGCCUUUGCUUGGGGCUGUGCUCUGCUAUGCUCUUCCUCGAACCAACUUGGCUGGUCAGCUUGUCGGAUUAUACAUUCUAUACACCUACUGGGCACCUUAUGUCACUCUUGUGUCCGUCUACCAAGCCAACAUUGCCGGUCAUACCAAGAAAGUCGGUCUCUAUGCCUGGUACUACGUCGCCUGGGCCGUCGGAAACAUCAUCGGCCCUCAGACCUUCCGCGCAAACCAAGCGCCAGCCUACACCGGAGGCACAAUUGCUAUGAUUGUCUGCUACGUCGUCGCAAUCGUUCUGAUUUUGACGUAUGGAUUUAUUUGCCAUCGCGAGAACAAGCAGCGCCAAGCUGACAUUCAGAAUGGUGUUGUUACUGCUGAUGGCCAGGACUGGUUGGAUUUGACGGAUAAAGAGAACCGGGCGUUCAAGUACACUACUUAG